AUGACUAACGAUCUCUAUGUGUGGGAGGGCACGGGGGCGACAGUCCACCACUGCCCACAAUGCCAAAAUCCGCUCACCACCCCGCAAGCCCGGACGCGCUGCCUCGGCGAACACGUCGAAUGGUGCAAGCGCUAUCACACGCAGCUCUUCAAGAAAGGCACGAGCUCGAAGUGUCUUCCCUGCCACAUGGCCGAGGGCGAGCACACGAAGCGCCACCGCGAGAUCGCUAUCACCAUCACCGAGCUCAAGAUGCUCAAAGCGGCAGUCGAGAAGGCAGGAGGCAAGGUGAAAAGUCCGACUGGCGGCAAGAAGGGGAAGAAAAAGCACGUGAUCCUCCAAAUCGCCGUCACGCAGGUCCAGAUCGAGCAUGUGGCGCGGAUCCUGCACCCGGAGGAAUUCGUCGAAGUUGAAGUUCCCGAGGGCGGCAAAGAGGAGAUGGACGAGGAGAUCUUCCAGCACCUGUUCUUCAACAAAGCCACCUCUUCCGUUCGCGAAACACGCAACCAAUUCCUCGAAAAAGCGCACAACGCGCACCGUCGCCGCUCGUCCGCAGCCAGAGAAGGCUACCACCCCGAGAAGGAACAAAUCGACGGCCUCCUCCAACUCCUCGACAUCUCCCCCGCCACCAAGCACACGCCCUCCGAUCAAAAAUCACUCAUCAACACCCUCCGCACCAAGAUCGAAGAAGAUCUCAUCCAAGUGCACAACGAGACCAACGGUAUCCGCCAGCGCAAGGGCGGCUUCUGGCGCUGGGCGAGCAAGAAGGUCUAUAAGAAGUUCAUGAAGAACGGGGGGUUUUGGGGGAAGAGCGAGAAGCAGGUGGAGACGGCGCUGGAGGCGGUUGAAGAGGAGGGGGAUUUGACGACGGAGGAUGAGGAGUGGAGUAAGGAGGAUGCUGUGGGUGGGGCGGAGCUGGAGGCGGAGCUGAGUGAGGAAGGGGAGGGGGAGGGGCAGUACACCUUCUCCACCGCCGACAACACCGCCGCCGACCCUGCCUCGUCCGCUGUGGUGGCGCCGACCGACCUCUCCGCGCCGAGAACCCCCUCCACCCUCGCCACCGCCGACGACACGGCUGGCUGGAGCACCGUCGCCGCCAAGAAGGGCGCCAAGGCGAGCCCGGCUGCUCCCGGCUUCACGCUGAAGCUGGUGAGCAACGGUGGGCUCGCCAAGCUCCUGUAG